CUUGGUGUGUGCCUUGCCUAGUUUCACUUGAUACUCUUCAGGAAUUAUGUAGAAAAGAAAAGCUCACAUGUAAAUCGAUUGGAAUCACCAAAAGGAAUCUAAACAAUUAUGAGGUGGAAUACUUGUGUGACUACAAGGUAGUAAAGGAUAUGGAAUAUUAUCUUGUAAAAUGGAAAGGAUGGCCAAAUUCUACAAAUACUUGGGAACCUUUGCAAAAUCUCAAGUGUCCAUUACUACUUCAGCAAUUCCUUAAUGACAAACAUAAUUAUUUAUCUCAGGUAAAGAAAGGCAAAGCAAUAAUUCCAAAAGACAAUAACAAAACUUUGAAACCUGCUAUUGCUCGAUACAUUGUAAAGAAAGCCAAACAAAGGAUAGCUCUGCAGAAGUGGCAAGAUGAACUCAACAGAAGAAAGAAUCAUAAAGGAAUGAUAUUUGUUGAAAAUACUGUUGAUUUAGAGGGCCCACCUACAGACUUCUACUACAUAAAUGAAUACAAACCAGCUCCUGGAAUCAGCCUGGUCAAUGAAGUGACCUUUGGUUGUUCGUGCACAGAUUGCUUCUUUGAGAAAUGUUGUCCUACUGAAGCUGGAGUUGUGUUGGCUUAUAAUAAGAACCAACAAAUUAAAAUCCCACCCGGUACUCCCAUCUAUGAAUGCAAUUCAAGAUGCCAGUGUGGACCGGAUUGUCCCAAUAGGAUCGUACAGAAAGGCACACAGUAUUCACUUUGCAUCUUUCGAACUAGCAAUGGCUGUGGCUGGGGUGUAAAGACCCUUGUGAAGAUUAAAAGAAUGAGUUUUGUCAUGGAAUAUGUUGGAGAGGUAAUCACGAGUGAAGAAGCUGAAAGACGGGGGCAGCUGUACGACAACAAGGGGAUCACGUAUCUCUUCGAUCUGGACUAUGAAUCUGAUGAGUUCACGGUGGACGCGGCUCGAUACGGAAAUGUGUCACACUUUGUGAAUCACAGUUGUGACCCAAAUCUUCAGGUGUUCAAUGUUUUCAUCGAUAACCUCGAUACUCGACUUCCCCGAAUAGCAUUAUUUUCCACAAGAACCAUAUAUGCUGGAGAAGAACUAACUUUUGAUUACCAAAUGAAAGGUUCUGGAGAUACAUCUUCAGACUCUGUUGACCACAGCCCUGCCAGAAAGAGGGUCAGAACUGUGUGCAGAUGUGGUGCGGUGACAUGUAGAGGUUACCUCAACUGACUAUUAGAGAAUACAGCUGGAGAUCAUGGUAGUUCGGUUUUUCCUAAUGUUAACACUUAAAAGUAUUGGACUCAUCAUAUUAUCAAGAUGAUACUAUGUUAAUUUACAGUUCCUCUUCCAAGACAUCUGCCAAAUACAUUACUGUUGCUGUGAAGAAGACACAGGGUCACAUAGGCUAAUCUGAAAUGGACCUAGGUGGUUAGAUCCCAGAUGCGGAAGACAGUAUCUCCAGAUCAGCAGGCGCACACUUAAGAAGUCUGUGAGCACAGAAGUGUGCCCCCUUCUGUGCUUGAAAAGUGUUACAUUGAAAAGCUAACAGUUGCUGAGAUGAAACGUUCAUCUUGCCAUAUACUUUGAUUUCAAAGACACAGUUAAUUCAGUUUGGACGAAUACACAAGUUCUGGUUUUGUUACUGUAUUGUUAUUCUUAUUAAACGUUCACUGUUCUUGCUUUUGAGACGAAUAGGUGAUGCUGAAUUUAUACUCCGUUUUCUUCUACUUUUUCAUUAAAACAUUGUCAUCGUGAUACAGGAAUUUAAAGUGUAAAAUAUUUCAGCUUGAUUUCCUAUUUUGAAAGAAUCUAAAUCAUUAUGAAGAUUGUAUGUCUAAACCUGUAAUUUAAGAUUUUUUAUUCUACAGAAGAAAAAUCUCCAAAGGUCCAGAGAAGUCCAGAAGGGCUGGCCAUUAUGCUCUAACAGGAUAGGACAGUGGGGCCGGGAGGGCUCGGGAGCACCUGUGAGGAAGGGAAGCGCUCUGAGGGCAGCGCGGUGCCUGGGUUAGGGGACUCACGCUGAGCGCCUCUGAUUGACACUGACCCCAGCUCCCCGGGAGCAGCUGUACCAAGUAACGUCUCACUCACUAACACCGUCCUCUCAUUUCAAGCAGUUCUAAGGUUUCCUUUCCACCAAACUAUUUUUGUAUUUCCUGCAGGUGGUUCUUAAAAAGUAAUUUAUAUUUGAACUGAUAACUUGUUUUAUACAUGAAUUUCUAGAUGUGGUAAAGCUAACGUUGGCCAAAGUGUGUGCGUGAAUUGAGACCUUUUAUUAGCUGACCUACUGUAUAAAGAGUGACAUGGAAAUUUUUUCCACUUUUGUAGUAAAACCUCAAUCAGGAAAACUUUCUGUCUCCGAUGCUGGGACUUCUCGUGGUGUCCAGCGUGAAGGUUAGUGCAGCAGGUUAGCCUUCGGCGCCCCUCACCGAGUUCUUCCGACGCCUGCUGCUCUAGGUGUGAGUGGGUAAAACUGAGCUAAACUGGGGGCUGCAGCACUUCAGAUACCUUAAUUCUCGACCUGUCUUUCAGGGAAGCUGUGCUUUAUGAUGUUGCUGCCACGUGACUUUGUGCUUUUAAAAUACAGGAUAAACUGUAUGUUUUGGGCCUUGUGUCUGCUAACCAAAAAUCACAGGAUGUGUCAAGAAAAAAAUUAUUUUUUAAUGGCAUUUCUUUAUGAAAAGUGAACGUCCACAGUGUUGGUGGUGAGAACACAGAGAGUGACAGGUCGCCCCCACGUGGCCAAGCUUACUCCAGUUACCAUUCUUACAGGUUAUGACAGACUUUUUAAAAUCACUGUUCUAUCUAGUUAUUUGAUUUUGUCUACUAUCUCAGUUUUUUGAAAUUUAAAACUGGAGGCAGAGGGGAAAAGACUGUUUUUAGUAAACCUGUAGUUCUGCUUUGUCCUGAGAGAUUUCAUAGCCUUUGAAAUUUUAAACACAUACUUGCAUAACAUUUCUUAAUAAAUAUGAAGCUUAACUUACACAGUAAAGUAAUAGAAACUAUUUAAAGGAAGCCCUUUGGAACGUAACUGUUUGGAAGUCAGCACUUGAGUUUCUUCACUCGCAUUUGCAAAAGAUAACAGAAUUUGUUCUCAAGAUAAAAAUUUUCAAAGGCAGCAGUAACAGCAAGUUUAAAAUGCAAAUCUAGGAUCGGGAGAUAGCUCAGCAGCACAGCGCCUGCCUGGCAAGUGUAAGGUCCUGAGUUCGGUUUCUAGUAAAAAACAGUUGCAAAUCUAC